GCAACGAUCGGCAGCACUCAGUCUUAUUUCUCAAGAAAACAUGGAUGCUGAAACAGAAAGAUUUGAUGAAGUGGAUGGAAGAAUCUAUCAAGCCAUCAAGACACACACACCCAAACAUGACUAUGAACUCCGCCUCAGCAAAGGAGAACUCCUGACUAAUGUCAAGAACCUCUCUAAUGAUGCAAACUGGGCAAAAGGUACCAGCUUGGGGCAACAAAAAACAGGUCUGUUUCCCCUUGCUGCUGUUAGAGAAUAUAAAAGGAAAAAAGCCAAUAAGCUGAAGGUGGGUGGAAAUGAAAUUCAAAAGCCAUUAAAACAAAUUGAAGAAGACCAGAGGCCUACUUCUAGUAAAUGUAACCACAGAUCAGCAAACAGAGGUUCAAUUGCAGUCCACUUCCGCUCCCCAAACAAGCCCCAUGUUAAAAUGAAUCAGGCACCCAAACUUAAAGGAACAAACUCACUGAACACAGAAGAUCCCCAGAAGCUAGACUCAGCAUAUCUUCACAUGGGUGAUGUUGCCAGUAUUCCUGUCAAGAUAUGCACUGGACACAAAGUAUCAUACGUUAAUGAAGGACAUGCUGAGACAGAUGUCAACUCAUAUGUAACUGGCCCAGAAGGAUGCCUUGACCACACGCAAGAUGCCCGUGAGUCAGCUGCCUCAAUGCCCUUAGCAAGAAAUAGCACAUUUGGUGAUUUCGGGGAUGAGAACUCGCAAGUGUCAUCAGAUGUAACAGAAAAAGCUGCCCUGGACACCAUUGCGCCCGUCCACUGCACCUCUUACCCUGACCCCUACAUCAAUGUCAAACAGGUGGAUCCAGAUCAAGUUAGAGAAAGAGAACAGAUCAAAGAACUUCAAGAUAAUAGUACUCCACAAUCCUCCCGCAAACGAUCAACUGAGAGAAGAGAUCAAGCAACACCACGUCAUCUUUCAAAAAGGCAGGUCUUACAAGCCACUAAAACGCCACUACAAAUGCUGAACAAAAAACUCAUCAGAAGUCCAAGAGGAAAACACAGAAAGUUCAAGUCGUUUACAGGUGCCCUUGUCGGUGGCUUAUUAGGUGCCGUAUUAUAUUUAGCUUGUUACUAUGCCAUAGGUUACAGCCUGGUGAUAUCGUGUAUUAUUGCUGGGUUAUCUACUAUUUUCAUGUCUGUUGGCUUUGCUAUUUCUGUGCAUUGUCGUUGCAUUGCUUUGCUUAUGAUCCCAGGUCUCUGCACCACCAGGGGGCGGGCAGCAACACUGUCAAUCAUUAUGACUUUGCUGCUCAAUGGACCAAUCACAAAUAUCUUUGAAAAUGGCGAACAGACAAGUCAGAUUGUAACGUGCACUGCAAGUAAGCUACAAGAGCAAGCAGAGCUCAUGCAAAAAUGUGUUGAAGAACAAAUUGAGGCAAUCACUGAAGAAUUCAGAGAAACCUUGAAAAAGACCUUUGACACUAUCAACAAAACUAAAAAUAAACUAAGAGAACAAUAUAAGAGUAUAGCGCAAACUUUAUCUACAAUCAAGAGUAGCCUUGGCUUUCUGGCUUACUUUUUACCCAAAACAAAUACUCCGCAUAUACCUGAAGAAAUUAAAAAACAAUUUGAAUUCAGUGCAGAACUUUCUGCUUCAUUUGGAUUAUCCACAAAUUCUUCCAAAGAUCCACAGGAAGUUGAAAGGGCCAUUAAAUCUGAACUCAAAAGAGCCACUGACUAUGCAGCUCAGUUUUCUACUUUGCUCACCAAACUUAUGUCUUUUGCAGUUCUCCUUCUUUUCUUUCAAUCUUACUGGUACCUCAAGCAGUACUUACAAAAUGAUAAGUUUGACAAUCUGUACAUAACAAAAGGUUUUAAGGCCCUCGAUGAAAAAAGAAAGCAGAAACAAAGUAGAGAAAUAAUUCUUCCACUUAAAAAGAAAGAGGCUAAAUACCUAAUUGAUACCACUGCCAUUUGCCUCUCUCCAGCAGAAAAGUGGAAAUUUGCCCAAGGUUUGGUCCUGCUGUUGGUGCAUUGUUUGCUGGCAGGUAUCAUCCAAUUCUUUGAUUUUGCCCUUUUCUGGCUUUUGUCUAAAAUACAAAAACAUGGAAGGGUUGACUUUGAUAUUGGUUUUCCAUACAAUCUAACAUCCAAGAUCUCUGGAGAGGGUGCAGUGGCUAAUGGUUUGAAAGAAGAGUGGCCGACUACCGACACAUCUAGAAAUACAUCAUUUAUAAAUAUAUCCACAGCAGAAUGCCUCCCAAACCCAUCUCCACCCAACUAUAAUGUGCUCUAUGGAAUACUUGCUAUCUACACAUUUGCUUUGUUUAUCACCUUGCUACAGGCUUAUGGCUUAAGACUUCGUCACAAGAUUGUUGCUUUCUUUUACCCAGAACGCGAAAGGGCAAGGGUGGUUAUCCUGUACAACAAGCUAUUAAAGAAGAGACAAAGCUUAAGAGCUGUUUUUCGACAAAAACUGAAAGGGGAAAAUGAACCAGACCUUUCAAAAAAGAACAUCAAAGUGAUGCAGGUGUUGGCAGAGAAGGUGCCAUGUUUAAAAAGACUUGCACAUAAGAAGUACUGUCUAUCAUGUGAUACUCUCUGUGACGACACAUGUACUAUAUGUGACACACCGCACUGCACUGGAGUAUACUGCCCAGAGUGUUAUGGUGACUUAGACUACUGCUGCCCUCUGUGUGAUGACACAGUAAUUAUAGAAAACCAAAUUAGUGAAGAUGAGCUCAACUUGGGCGGUGGAGACAAUCAGCAAAAGGAGGCACAUAUGAUUUUAUAAGGUCUGACCAUUUGAAUGCUUAACUGAAUAUUGCAUACAAAUAGUUUAACAUUUAUGCCUAGAGCAUGAUUAGCUCUGAGAUCCUGUGCAUAGACUUUUUAACAAAAUUAAUGGACAUUUAUUACUAGUAAGAAAUGUUAUAUAAAUAGCAAAAUCCUUUUUCUUUUUUUUUUUUUUUUUUUUUUUGUAAAUAUCCUGAAACUGACUAAUUUGUAAAUACUUAUUUUUACAUCAGAUUGUCAUAUUUUAUCCUAGCUCAUUCAUACUACUCUAAAUUGUAAUUUUUCUCUGUAAUUAAUAUCUUGUACCUAUAUAUAUAUAAUUAAUAACCACAGCUGCUAUUGAGAUAAUUUUAAGACAUUUUUGUAAAUUCAAUCAAAUAAUGCAUAUAGA